AUGGCACCACCCACCGCGCGAACUCCCAAGAGCCUGCUUGGCCGUCACCGACUGCUGGCUCCGACUGCCGGAGUUUUUGUUAGCCCGAUAUGCCUGGGGACAAUGAAUUUUGGGGGUGUGAUGAACGACUCACUGGGUGAGUGCACAAAAGAGACCGCGUUUGAGAUUCUCGAUUUCUUCUACGAGCAAGGAGGGAAUUUCCUAGACACAGCCUCGAGCUACCAAGGAGAGGAGUCUGAGAAAUGGCUGGGAGAAUGGCUGUCCAAGACCAAUCGACGCGAUGAGUUUGUCCUGGCGACAAAGUACACGGGCAAUUUUAAGUCUAGGUCGGAAUCACACCGUCAACAAUCCAACUUUGGAGGAAAUGGUACCAAGAGUCUGCACCUAGCUGUUGAAGCGAGCCUCAAGAAACUCCAGACGACCUACAUUGACCUCCUUUACCUCCACUUUUGGGACAUGACUGCAGAUAUACCUGAAAUCAUGCAGUCACUGAAUCACCUAGUUGCUUCAGGCAAGGUCUUGUACCUGGGCAUUUCGGAUACACCGGCCUGGAUUGUGGUCAAAUGCAACGAAUAUGCAAGACAGCAUGGACUCAGGCAGUUCUCAGUGUAUCAGGGCCGGUGGUCCGCGGCUGAUCGGGAUUUCGAGAGAGACAUCAUCCCUAUGUGUCGGGCUGAAGGCAUGGCUUUGGCUCCAUGGGGCACGCUUGGCCGCGGUCUUUUCAAACCCAAGGAUCAAAUCAAAGAAGGUGGUCGAAAUAUGCCCUCGAUGAAUAAUGGCCGCGAGGCUCUGGUUUCGCAACAGCUGGAAAAGAUCGCCGAUCGCAAGGGAGUGGACAUAACAUCGAUUGCUCUGGCGUACGUGCUGCACAAGUCACUAUACGUCUUUCCAAUCUUGGGUGGCCGAAAAUUAGAUCAUAUACGGGGAAACAUCGAGGCUCUGAGUCUGCGCUUAACAAGCCAGGAUAUUGCCGAUAUUGAGUCCGCCUACCCAUUUGAUAUCGGCUUUCCACACAACUUUUUGAGCGGAGACACCAAUCGUGGACCCAAAGGACCUGGUGAUAUUCGCACUGCCAAUGUGCGCGGAUUUUUUGAUUACCUCGAAGAUAUACACCCAAUCUUGCCCGAACUCGUAGAAUGA